UUGCACCCCAAAGGACAGCGCUCAGCACUGGGUGCUGACCUUCCGGGGCCCUUCUCCUCACUGGGACCGGGGCCAGGACAAGCUUUUGGCAAGAUGUUCUCACCGCUGGGCUGCAGGAGGGGCUUCCCCAGGGAGCCCGGUCCAUGGCAGGCUGGACCACCGCCGCCCCGCGCUCAUGGCCCCCACGACGUCUGGGACGAGCUGCCCUGGGAGCACCAGCACAGGAGAGGCAGGGGUGGAUGGCACCCGCCUGGUCCCUGGGACUCCAGACCCUUCCCUGGCCCUGCCGACUUCCAUGGGAACGAGGAGGACAGGAGAUGGGCACCCCGCGACUGUCCCCCGCCACCUCCCUGGGCCAAUGGAGAAGACAACCGAGGACCUGAGGACUGCUUCGGAGAGGGCUGGCGCCGGGAGCCGCCGCUGCCUGGCCCCAGCUGCUUUGCCUGGCCUGAAUUCCCCGACGAGGAGCAGCACCCACUCUGGCCCCCCACCAGCCUGCCAGGGGAGCGAGAUGGUUUCCAGGAUGGCUGCCCAUCCUGGGCCUAUCGUGGCCUGGGUGGGAGACACUGCCGACGCCUUCGCCAUGGCCACCGAGAGUUAGCCUUGGUCCAGCGCCUCCCGUGUCCCUGGCCCUCCAGAGGGAAUCAGCCAUCCUCCAGGUCCUCUCCUUCCCUCUCUGGGACGAGCCGGCUGGGAGUCAAAGAAAUGCCACAGCACCCUGAUCCUCCCCAGCCACUUAGUUCCUGCAAAGAUGGUGCACAGAGGAAGGAGCAGACGGCUCAGGUUGGCCCACCGGCGGUGAGCGGGAAGGUCCCGGAGCCCCCCAGCCCGGCCAGCACCCCUCAGAAGAGCCCGGCUGCUGAUGCCCAGGCUGCGACAGAGGCUGCGGAGCCGGAGCAGGCAGCAGGAGCGACGCCGGUUGAGCCAGGAGCCAGGCAGAAACCUGCGGGCAGCCACAGCCAGGGCCCCUCUGCUUGGAAACGGAGCCAGCCCCACCGGAGAAGAGCUCUGCCGGGACAGGGGAGCAUCUUGAGGUAGAGCCGUGCAGCCGAAGUGUCCCUAAGGCUGGCGCAGGUGGUGGGUCACAUCCCCACGGUCCGACAGCCCCUCCGGAGCCUGCCGAGGGGGUCCGCACGGCAGCCGGCUCCACUGGAGAGGUGGGUGCUGAGCUCUGCCCGUGUUCCCGGGGACAGCAGCGUCUGCCGAGUGGAGCCGGAGGAGCCAAGGCAGAAGCUGCCCGCCAUGUGCUUCUCGGUGGCCUUCAGCCAUCAGAAAACUCGCAGGUCCCGCCAGGAGCUACCACAGAGCCGGAGGCACAGCCCAGCCAGGCUUGCUCUGAUAUCUGCACUGCACCAGAGACCUCACCGGGGACCCAGCA